AGGUGUUGACCGAUUUUCGGGGAAGUUUCCAUUCGCGUUUCGUAGCGUUGUAGACUAUGAGUGAUACCGCGCUUGGGGAAGCCACCUGCGAAAUUUGUUCUGAUCAUGUAGCGAUCAAGUCAAGAGAGCAACCGUUGAAAAGUUUGAAGAGCAAUGAAACUUAUGUCUCGCUGCUCUCAGAAUAUGUAGCAGUCGAAUGUCGGAAGUUGACCAGCGAGAACCUUGUUAUUUGUGACGGUUGUUUCGACGUUUUGGAUUCAUGUACGAUGCUGUACCUUGAAUUGCAUUCAAGAUUAAUCCUCCUGAGAUCUCGACGUCGAUAUCCUGAAUUUCUCACCGAAUCUGGGCUAUCGUCCGUCAUGUUACUCGACGCUCCGAUGCCCGUGGCAAUCCGAAAACCACCCCUUAUGGAGCAGAACAUUUCCCCGGCUGUAAAAUCCGAAUCAAAAUUUAUUGAAAAAUUCCAUGGAUCAUCAACCAUUUCAGACUCGUCCAAGUUUUCUGUUCGUUUCUCUCCGAACGGUGAUUCGCCCGUCUCAGACGUUAUCUUUCCCGAAGCAGCUCAGCCGCUUGUGGUUUGCGAUUUUCCCGAUCCCGAGGAGACUUCUGAUGAACCAGAUACACCCGAAAGCACAAAAAUCACGUUAUCCUCUACCAAGUCGCAUGGUGUCGAGUCGGCUCCAUUCCAAAAUCUAGUUGUUCGCAAACGUGAGAAAAACAUUUGA